UAAAGCCACGUGCGAACAGCCGGAGACAAAUUAGCACGCAUCCCUGUUCCAUUCCCAUCACACAAAUAUCAAAUUCAUCCCGUCCGGCUGUUUGCAUCAAGUCCGUACAGGAGUUGCUUAGUAUCAUGUCUAUAUUGAAACGCCUAAAACAACUAAAGACGAAAAGAAACAGCUCUGGGUUGCGGCUCCGUGCAGAUCAAUGGAAGCAAAGUGCCGGACGGCCAGAACUCUGGUAAAUAGGCUCAGCUCCGCCGGCGACCCGGCGGCUCUCUCCUCCGCCAUCACUGAGAUCCGCCUCAUCUCCAAACUCGACGAAGAGAUCCGCCUCCCUCUCGCCGAAGCCGGAGCCAUCCCGUUUCUUGCAAGGCACCUUGUCGCCGCCCCUCCAAUCGCUUCCCCUUCGUCACAAGAAAACGCUUCCGCCUCGAUUCUCAAUCUCUCCAUCUCCGCACGCGAGC